AUGCCUUCAUCACCCAAACCUCCCGCAGCAACCGGGGGCAAGGCACCGGAGACGCGCCCCACGUCAGCCAGCAAAACCGGCACCCCCGCAACCCAAGACUACAAGGCCAUCGCCGCACAGUUCGCCGCCGCAAAGAAGGCCAAGGAAACAAAGGAGGCCAAGGCGCGGGCAGAUCCCCUCACGCCUGAACAGAUCGAGGCGAAAUCCAGGCUGAAUGCCCUUCAAAAAGAGCAGACAAGGUUGCGAGACGCGCUCGAAGGGCGGCGCAGGGCACGCUUCGAGUCGCGGUGGACGUGGACGGUAUGGUUCUGGGUUUGGGUGCUGUUCAUACACGCGGCGGGGAUAUUAGUCUUCACGUCGGGCUUCUUGCUGUCGCGACUGGUGCUGGAGGAGAAGUCGACGUGCGCGGAGCCGCCGACUGCUGCGUUGGCCAACGGGAACAUGCUUGGGGUCAAGGAUUGGAAGGGGAGGGGGACGCCGGACGGUGGAUGCUGGCACCCCAAGACCUUCUCAAAGGCCGUGGUCGUCUUGAUCGAUGCGCUGCGCUACGACUUUGUGGUUCCGAUGGACGACCAGACCGAGUACCACAACGCGUUCCCCUUCAUGCAUCGGAUGGCAGUCGAGAAGCCCAACAAUGCCUUUUUGCGACCCUUCAUCGCUGAUCCGCCUACGGCUACGCUACAGAGGCUCAAGGGACUCACCACGGGCACGUUGCCCACGUUCAUCGACCUCGGCAGCAACUUCGGGGGCACUGCGAUAGAAGAGGACAACCUGCUCAUGCAGCUUCGUGACGCGGAUCGCAAGAUUGUCCACCUUGGCGAUGACACCUGGACGACGCUCUUUCCGGGCUAUUUCGAGCCCAACAUCAGCCGAGCAUACGAUAGCUUCAACGUCUGGGACCUCCACACUGUCGACGCUGGAGUGCUGGAGCACAUAUUUCCCUUGAUGAAACCGGAGCGUAAAGGCGAAUGGGAUGUGUUGAUCGGGCAUCUCCUCGGUGUGGAUCACGCAGGGCACCGCUACGGCCCGUCACACACGGCUAUGACGGCGAAGCUACAGCAGAUGAACUCAUUCAUCCAGAACCUCACGGCUACUAUUGAUGACGACACGCUGCUGGUUGUUAUGGGGGACCACGGGAUGGACAGCAAGGGCGAUCACGGUGGCGAAAGCGACGAUGAGGUCGAGGCCGCACUUUGGAUGUACUCUUCAAGGCCGGUUUUUGGGCGCACAAAGCCUGAGUAUGUGGCGCCACCUGCCACGGCCAAGGACAGGCCCGUGAACCAGAUCGACCUGGUGCCCACUCUGGCUCUGCUCCUUGGCAUCCCGAUUCCCUAUAACAAUUUGGGACAGCCCAUCGAGGAAGCAUUUGCCGGUAAGAAGGGAGAUGCCUUUGGAAGCCUUGCGGCCGCAUCCAGGGUGGCUGCAGCUGGUCUCAGGCGCUACCAGUCGUCGUAUUUCGCCGCUCGGGGUAUUGCCCAGGCCUCGGGACCGGGGACGCCUGCUGAGGUUUGGUCCUCAGCUGAGGCGGCAAUCGCUACAGCCGGCUCCAAGAAGGAAAAGCUGUGGCAUGCUUACUCACUCUUCGCGCAGUACCAAGCCGAGACGCUCGCAAUCUGCAAGGGGCUCUGGGCUCGCUUCGAUAUCCCAAGCAUGAUACUUGGAAUCCUGAACAUGGCCCUUGGCCUGAUGGCGCUACUCUUGUACAUUGUAAGGGACGGUGACGAUACUGCCGGGUCUGCUGCUGUUGAAAACGAUGACCUGGACACCGCAGAGCGAAAGUUGGAGCUUGAGGCUAUUGUCAAUGGGGAGAAAGACCAGUCGGUCAGACAUUUGCUCGAGAGAAAGUUGGUACAGUCUGCGUUGGUUGGAAGUCUGCCAGGGGCAGCCUUGGGUGUUGCUGCGCAAACUCUCAUGAACUUGGGAUCCUGGAAAAUCACUGUGGGAAUUACGGCAUUGACGAGCAUUGUUGGGGUGCUGGCAGCUUUACUUGGCGUUGGGGGCAAGUCAUUCUCCGCCUUGUUACCAUCGUCUGUCUGGUCAUGGCUCUCGGUUGUCAUCGUCGUCAGCCAAUCCGUUGGAUUUGCGUCAAAUUCUUACACUAUCUGGGAAGACUCCAUCAAUCUCUUUUUUCUCAGUACCUUCGGCACCAUUGCCGCAGUUUCGGCCUUUCGGCUACCUGGAUUGGCCGAGCGGACGCUCGGUGUCUACCACGGCGUGCUAUUCGUCCUCCUCACCAGACUUGCAUCCUUUUCCAAGCUCUGCCGCGAGGAGCAGAUGCCGUACUGCAGGUCGACUUACUACGCGUCCGCUACCUCGUCAACCUCAGCCCCCUGGCAGCUCUUUAUUCCAUUGAUGGUGCUCGCAGUCCUCCCUGCCGUCAUCAAGGCAUACAUGACGCCCACUAAAUCAUACGAAGGCCUGGCUCCAACAUGGAUCGGCUUGGUCCUCCGGGCCACGCUCUUCUUGUCAUGCUUGUACUGGGCACUUGACGCAGCUGACAACUCUGGUUGGCCUCCCAUAUCAGCUAAACUUCCCGAGGGGUUCUUAAAAUCGCUCUCUGUCUAUGUUGCGCAGUUGACCCUUGCAAUCGCUGUAAUUGCUGGCUCGACGGCCUUUGUCUGGGCUCCUCCAUCCGUAUCGAUCCUGACGGCAGCUGAUCCCGCUAAUCCUGGACGCGCCCAGAUCACUGUCCUCGGGUACGGCAACGCCCACGGCGCUCGAUACCUACUCCUGCCGCUGAACGUUCUCUCCGCCUUGAUCAUAAUCACCAAGCCCGUCGGACAAGGCGCACUGGCCAUAAUGAUGUGGCAGAUGCUGUCGCUCGCCGAAAUCCUGGACCUCAACAACAUCACACCGGCGACAAGUCCCAUCGGGCCCACGGUCCUGGCCCUGCUCGCCAGCUUCCACUUCUUCAAGACUGGCCAUCAAGGCGCCCUCAGCAGCAUACAAUGGGACGCGGCCUUUGUUCCGCUCUUCUCGAUCCGAUACCCCUGGAGUCCGCUGCUCGUGGCCCUCAACACUUUUGCCUCGCACUUCCUGGCCGCCGCUGCCCUGCCGCUCCUGCUACUAUGGAAGGUCAAUCCCAAGAGAAAGGGCCUGCUGGGCCUGGUGAGCGCCCGCGUGCUGGCCGUCUUUGUCCUCUACUUUGCCGUCCAGUCGCUGGCCACCAUGGCCUGGGCCGCCCACCUUCGCCGUCACCUGAUGCUCUACCGCGUCUUCAGCCCCAGGUUCAUGAUGGCUGCUGCCGUCUUGCUGCUGGUGGACCUCGCCGUCAUUUUUGUCAGCUUGUUUGGCUUCCGGUCCAACACGCUAGCCAUUUCUGAGGUUUUUGGCUGGGCCGAGUAG